CGGAGCUGCUCAGGACUCCUCACCGGAGCUGCCGCCCUGAGGCUCCAUUAGUAUCCCUUCCUCGCACCAGCAAGGCUGAUAUUGUCUUCCCCAUCUCUUUCCUCUCUCCCUCCCCAUCUCUUUCCUCCCUCCCCCUGUCUCCGGUGUGUCACCCACUGACGGCAGGAGCAAAGAUACCAAAGGCUCCUGUCUAGUAUCUCUGGGCAGGAGGGAGACGUCCAGUGAGCACGGGGUUUGAACAGACCCGUGUGUUCCGAUCAGUCUCCAGAUCAAAAAGUACAAAGUCAAGGCCCUUGGAUGCGAGAAGCCUGUAUCCUGCAAUGGAAGCCACCCCACUGGAAAGAUGCCACAUUGGCCUACUGCGCUGGUUUGUGGCGGCAACACAGAUUCUUGGGUUGACUGCAGUAAUCAUAACUGGUGUAUGGCUGGGUCACUAUCAAGGAGGUUUUGCAUGGGAUGGAAGUUCGCAACAGUUCAAUGUUCACCCACUGUGCAUGGUGCUUGGAAUGGUCUUCCUCUAUGGAGAUGCAAUUCUGGUCUUCAGAACGCUCAGAAACGAGAGUAAAACCACUGCCAAGAUCCUGCAUGCAAGCAUCCAACUGCUAGCACUGGUGGCUGUUAUUGUAGGUACGAUUGCUGUGUUUGAUUUUCACACCGCGCAGAAUAUCCCCCAGAUGUACAGCCUUCACAGCUGGUGUGGCCUCUUAACCAUUAUUCUCUUCUGUUUACAGUGGGUUAUGGGACUGACAUUCUUCCUGCUACCUACCUUGUCCUAUUCAUUACGAGCCAUCUACCACCCCUAUCAUGUGUACUUUGGACUGGGGCUCUUUAUUCUGGCCAUUGGGACCUGUCUGGCUGGGAUCACAGAGAAGCUGUUGUUUUCCAUCGGAGCCACGUACUCCAAGUACGACCCCCAGGGGAUCCUGGCUAAUGUCCUCGGGCUGUUGCUGGUUUCCUUUGGAUUUGUGGUGGGCUACAUCUUGAGCCGGGACGAGUGGAAGCGGGAGGCGAGCCCUGAGGAAGAGGCCCUGUCCAUGCACUUCAAGACCCUGACUGAAGGAGGGAGUCCUGACUCACAGCGGGAUCAGUGAAGGUCAACGUUCAGAUCCGAAGCACCAAGUAAAAUUGUGGCAGUGUGGUGUUUGCUGUGUCAAUGUGUGAGCGCAACUGGAAAAGGCAGCAGGUCGGUUCAUGUCUGUUGUCUGGUGGUUCACAAUGUCAAAUUUCUUACCAAAUGCCAAGUUGUCCAGGACACCCCCAGUAGAUUGCCACUAGGGUCAAUGGAUGGGGCAGAAAUCCUUUGGGUCUGAGUCCUGACCAUAUCCAGAUCUCUCCCUUCUUGGCCAGUCAUCCACUUUGCUCCCUAUCUACAUCCAGCUCCCAACAGGCAUGGUCCAUGCCGCCAUCAAUGCCUCAUACCCCAAGCAGGCCUGGGUUAGAGCAACACUGCAACAUCAGUGUUGUGAAGGAGAGGGUCAGGGUGUGCUCUAGAUGCCAGGCUUGGGGCAGGAUAUUAAGCAGGUGGAGGAGCUUUUCUCCCUCCCGAUCUUACUCGGAGACCUUCAACACCGGCCUUCAACACUUUGUGCUCUUUUGUGUU